AUGGCAGCCAAUAAUGACACCGUUGAUAUUGCUCAACAAACUGUUCACAAUAUCAACAUGUCCAACAUCACAAAGCUCAACUCCACCAACUACUUGAUGUGGAGUCUCCAAGUCCAUGCUCUUCUCGAUGGUUAUGAUUUGGCCGGCUAUCUCGAUGAAUCCAGCGCUACACCACCAGCGACACUCACUACUAAUGAAGUCACCUCGGUCAAUCCUGCACACACCAAGUGGAAACACCAAGAUCGACUCAUUUACAGUGGCCUUCUCGGAGCCAUCUCCCUGACCAUCCAACCGAUUCUCUCCACCUCACGAACCUCUGCUGAGAUCUGGAGUACACUCGCCUCCACCUACGCCAAACCUAGUAGAGGACACAUCAAACAAAUCAAGCAUCAACUCAAGCAGUGGUCCAAAGGAACUAAGUCCAUUGAUGAAUACAUCCAUGGCUUCACCAUGAGGUUUGACCAACUUGCUAUUCUCGGUAAACCUAUAGAUCAUGAAGACCAACUCGAAUACAUUUUGGAAGGCUUACCCGAAGAUUACAAAUCGGUGGUCGAUCAGAUCGAAGGCCGCAACACACCUCCUUCCCUCACGGAAGUGCAUGAGAAGCUCCUCAACCGAGAAGCCAAGCUCAUCUCUGCUGACUCACUAGAAUAUCAAGGGAAAUGCCAACUCUGUGGUGUGCAAGGCCAUAGUGCGAAGAGAUGCCCUCAACUUCCAUCAUCGUACAACACAAUCCCUCCAAACCAGACGCAACAAUCACAACGACAGUGGCAGCCUCGCGCCAAUCUCGCCAUUGGCUCACCUGAUCCGGCAGCUGGGUGGGUCAUGGACAGCGGCGCAACACAUCACAUGACGAGUGAUCUCCAAAAUCUCGCUCUCCAUCAGCCAUACACCGGUGAAGACAAUGUCCUCAUUGGUGACGGCUCAGGUCUCUCCAUUACUCAUAUUGGUUCAAAAACAGUUCCCACUCCUUCUCGAUCCCUCACCUUAUCGAAUAUUCUCUGUGUUCCUCAUAUACACAAAAACCUUAUCUCUGUUUAUCGAUUAUGCAAUUCUAACAAGGUUUCUGUUGAAUUCUUUCCUGCCCAUUUUCAGGUGAAAGAUCUGUGCUCGGGGGUCCCGUUGCUCCAAGGCAAGACUAAUGGAGAGCUUUACGAGUGGCCGCUUUCAACAUCUCAUGUUACGUCUUUCUUUGCUUCUUCUCAACCUAAAAUUACUUCGACGGACUGGCACUAUCGUCUUGGCCAUCCGUCACCACCAAUUCUCAAUAAAAUCAUUUCUAGUUUUUCCCUUGAUUGCUCAAACACUUCUCCUACCACUUCUCUCUGUAUUGACUGUUCUAUCAAUAAAAGUCACAAACUUCCCUUUCACCAAACAACUCUCAAAUCAACUCGCCUUCUUGAAUAUAUCUUCUCUGAUGUCUGGUCAUCUCCAUUACUCUCUUGCGACAAUUACAAAUACUACUUAGUACUUGUCGACCACUACACCAGAUACACUUGGUUCUACCCUCUCAAAACCAAAUCUCAAGUCAUAGAAGUGUUCAAACCUUUCAAAUCGUUGGUUGAGACAAAGUUCAACAGCAAGAUCAACAACCUCUACUCAGACAAUGGAGGUGAAUUCAUCGCUCUUCGAUCCUUCCUCGCAGCAUCAGGCAUAUCUCAUCUCACAUCACCACCACACACGCCAGAGCAUAACGGCAUCUCAGAGCGAAAACACCGACAUAUCGUUGAGACGGGUCUCUCACUCCUUACUCAUGCCGGAAUGCCAAAAACGUAUUGGACCUAUGCCUUUGCCACCGCCACCUACCUAAUCAAUCGGCUCCCUACACCAGUAAUUGCGAUGGACUCACCCUACCACAAGAUCUUCGGCGUUGUUCCAAACUACUCAAAACUACGCAUAUUUGGCAGCCUCUGUUUUCCCUGGUUGCGGCCAUACAACACCAACAAACUCCAAAAUCGCUCAACCCCGUGUGUAUUCUUGGGUUACUCAUUAACCCAGAGUGCAUAUCUCUGCCUUCAACCCAGCUCCGGCCGCAUCUAUGUCUCCCGACAUGUCAAAUUCGAUGAGUCUGCGUUCCCAUUUCACUCCUUAUCUCGAACGACAAGUGAAUCUCUCGAGUCUCAACCAACAACACCCACCACCACACCACCACACGAUCAAAUCCGACUUCCGCAGCCACUCGUCUCGCCUCCGCCGCCGUUGCAACCGGGACCCACGAACUCUGGUCUUCCGCCUGAACAAUCGACAUCGGAAGAUAUUCACUCUAACCCUGUUUCAAUUGCAGGUCGUGACAGUGGUGACCAAACCUCUUCCACACCAAGCCCAGCAACACACAAUGAAGCCCAGACCGAAAACACAAGCCCAACACCAAACAAUGAAGCCCAAUCCGAAAAUACAAACCCAAUUCCAAACAAUGAGGCCCAACCAGACAACUCAAACCCUACAAGCCCAAUAAGCCCACCAAAUCUACCCAAUCAAGAUGACAAUAUCCAAUCGUCGUUUUCCUCAUCCUCCGAUGACGAUGCUCCGGAUCCGCCACCACUAAACAUCCACCCUAUGCAAACCCGCCGGAAAAACAACAUUGUCAAACCCAAUUCCAAAUACAACCUCUCCGCUGCCUUAUCCACGAAUAUUGCAUCUGAACCAAUGACUUUAACCCAAGCAAUGAAGGAUCGACGAUGGAGAGGCGCUAUAUCUGGUGAGAUCGAUGCUUUUGCAGUCAACCGCACCUUCAGCCUGGUCCCACGACCACCAAACAAGAACGUAGUCGGCUGCAAAUGGUUGUACACCAACAAGUAUCUAUCAUCUGGCCUUCAUCAUCGCCACAAAGCCAGGCUUGUUGCCAAAGGCUACAAUCAACAACUUGGUCGUGACUAUACUGACACCUUCAGUCCAGUGAUCAAGUCAACUACAAUUCGGGCAGUUUUAGAUGUUGCAGUCACAAAAUCUUGGCCUCUUCUUCAAUUGGAUGUCAAUAAUGCCUUUUUUACAGGGCACCUUGAAUGA